AUGGUAGCGUCUCCUGUCAAAACAACCAAUGGUGUCCCACAUUCAGGUAGUUCAACAUCCGAACUGAGCACGAUCUCUUCCUCUGAUAAGGAUCAAGAUGACAAACAAGUUGGUAUCAAUGGGAAAGGGAAGAAGAGGGCUAGGGAUAGCGAAGUCAGUAUCAACCAAUCGAAUAAGAAGAAAGCUAGACAAUCGGAAGGUGCAGUCAGUGCAGAUGGCAAGAAGGAAAGAGGAACGUAUUGCCAUAUUUGUCGAAGGAAAUGUGAACCUGGUCACUCUUUGAGAUGUAGUAAUACGAAAAAGAAAGGAUCGACAAAUCGACCGUGCGAUUUAUCGUACUGUGAUAGAGAUCUGACCGUUCGUUAUGGUAUAUCACCUGAGAGGAUAAACAGUAUAAGGAGAACCACCAAGCAUUCGUCGAGCUCCAUCGACGGACCAAGUGGUAGUGCUAUUGAGGAAGGGUAUGAAUGGGAGUGUCCAUGCUGUCGGGAUGAUUGUCAGUCUUCGAAUUGUCGAAAGAAGAAAGGUCUGGAACCUUUAGGGAAUUUGACAAAAGCAGCCAAAGCUUCAGGUGAUACCUCCAUAUCUUCGUUCCCCAAAGCGAACGGUCAUUCCACGUCCACCUCUUCACCUCACAAAGCCACUUCGACCUUACACAAAUCGCCUGACUCAGAUGAUGAAUCGAUGUUGUCUGACAUAGAAGCCGAAGCACCUAAGAAAAAGAGAGGAAGGCCGUCAAAAACCAACGGCGUCUCCCCAGGCAAGAAAGGUGGAAAUCAUAGCCCAACGAAAUCUAUUAGCGCAUCCCCCAAAAAGAACACUAAUCUAUCAAAGGUGAAUGGUACCAGCAAGAGAGACUCUGUAGACACCUCGGCAAGUACGGAUCUCACCGAUAUCGACUCUGAUAAUGCCGCUGAACCACCAAAGAAAAAAGGCAGACCUUCAAAGGUCCACGGAGAAAGUCAAUCCAUUUCGGGAACGCCUAAAAUCAAGAAAUCUAAAUCAACUUCACUAGUGUCCACCCCUAAAAACAAGACACCCAAAGGAACGAAGAAAGAUAGUGAAAGUAAGAGUAAACCAGGUCCUAAACCCAAGAAUACACCUGUAGUGGAAAUACAGAAAAACAAAAACAAAAAGCAAUCUAAAGAAAGUGGGAAGAGCACGGGUAAACAAGAUGCUAAAGGUCAGAAAUCAACACCGAAGAAGAAGGUAAAAGAUGAGAAAAAAGUGAAACUCAAACCGGUGAAGAAACCUGAAGUCAUACCGGAUCCUCCUGUCUUCGAGAAAGUUGCUACCAAGUUUGGGAGGGAGGAGGCCGAACAGAGGAUAAUGCUUCGAGAGUAUUUGUUCAGAUUCAGAGCUGUAUUGUCUUUCCCUGAAAGAGCAUUGUUCCCCAUCGAUGACUUUGAUCGACCAUUGACAGAAGCAAGCGUCAGAUUAUUUGCUGGAGCUAUGGUGGAUAUGAUCAAGGAUGAAUUACAAGGUAGCGAUAACGAGGAGCUUGUCGAUACGCUCUUCAACAUACGAGAGGAAUUGCGAUACUAUGCGGAUCUCGCUCGUUUCCAGAGCAUGUACAACAUGGUUUCGGAACCACUCGACCUUCGACUUCCUCCACCCAUCGUAGACGAACGAUUAGAAGCUAACAACUCUGCCCUUCGAGCGAUCCUUGACCUCGGUGAUGAUCAACCUCCUCCAGCUUGGGCGACUGAACUCACCGCUGGACCAUCAAGACGUACGGCAGCUUCUAGAAUCCCACCACCCGCCGAGGUCGUGCGCAUGCUCAUUGCUUUUGCUGAACGGACAUUGUCGACACCUAAAAUCAGAAGCGAUAUGGAAUACUUUGUUCCGGAGAAUGACAUGAGGAGGAAACACGCUAGUGCGAUCAAGAAGGAGAUGAAUACGAUGGAAAGUAAGAAGAAAAAGCUGAAUGAGGCGAGGUUGAAAUGUAAGACUGCAGCGGAUACAAAGGCGCACAGGGAAGAGUUCAACAAGCAAAUGAAAGAUCACUCGUUACGUCUCGCUCUGAUCAACGUCAAUCUUGAAGCUCAACUUGCUCGUCGGGCUCUACGACAUGAACCACUUGGUAUCGAUCUUGAUGGAAGGAUAUAUUACGCUUUGGCGCCGAGAGAGAUUGACGAUGACGUUAGACCGCCUUUGGGAUGGGCAUCAGGUCUCUUAGUGUGGGGUAUCGGAGUAGAGGCAAAGACAGGCGAAGAGACAGAUUUACCUGUCUCUGUCGAACGAUGGAGUCAUUUUGGGAAAUCUCAAGAUGUCAAACUGCUCGUCCAGUGGGUCGAAUGGAGAUUCAAGAAACAUAUUGACUCGCUCAAACCGGCAAAAUCAGCGAAAUCACCUGCAAAACCCAAAACUCCAGCUAAAAAUCCACUCACAACACCUUCUAAGAAUAACGUCAAUUCGACUAAGAAAACACCUGGUUCCAAGAUGAAACAAAAGACGUUACUAGAAGUCGUCAUACCUACAUCUGCCAAGCGGGUUGGUUCAGCUGAAUCAUCCUUGUCAUCAUUAUCGACUGCAGCCCAAGCUCUGGGUGACGCCGAUGCUUCUUCGACUUCUUCGGGACUUACCCCACCUCCUACGUCGAACAAGGAUGAAUUGCUGGCUCUGGUUAACCCGGAAGGGUACCAACCCUCCGUAGAAACGAUAGAAGAGAAUGGAAAUAAGUUGGUAUCGAAUUUGCGACAAGUGCAUAGAUGGCUGGAAGUGUUAGAAUGGAAAGGGUUCGGAGAGAUUGCUUAG